CCGAGAGGGAACAGACCGGGUGCGGUUGUACCCGUGUUGAAAUGUGAGUGUCGAGUAUCCGACUUCGAGGGCGAGACCUCCUGCAGGGUCCCCAGCUGGUGCUGAGAAGGUCGAACGUGGCUUUAGAUUGCAUUCUAUACCACCUUCAUUUACCCAUACUGUUUCCCCUACACUCUGGUAUUGCAACUUGUUCGAAGUCGACUCAAAGUGUCUAAGGAGGUAAUUUUAUGAACAUUUUCAAUCAGUGAUCAAGCAUUCAGAUAGCUCAGAGAGGUGGUAGAUGCCCCAUCAUUAGAAGUGUUCAGGAUCAGGUUGGACGAGGCUUGGAGCAACUUGGUGGGGCGGAAGGUGUUUCUGCCCAUGUUGGUGUAGGACUAUAUGACCCUUAAAGGUCCCUUCCAACCCAAACUGUUCCGAUUUGAAUGUGGCUGCCUCUCAUUUCUGUGGGGGUUAUUUUGACUGUUAGGCUCUCAAUAUCCUUAUUGCUAUUUCUGGAUGAGUGUGGCUGGAAGUGCUGUAUUUACUGCUAAAGACCUGUUUCCUAUCUGUAUAGAUAACACUGGGAGCAAGAAAUAUUUAGCACAGUAGUAUCUUGUAACCACUUUUAGCUGCAUGUCCUUCAAAAUGCUUAAGAAAAAACUUGGCACAAAAAGUUGCUUUUCAGCCUUUUCCAGAUCCCUUGAGCUCAGGGCAGUUUGUGCAAUUCAUUCCAAUUUGCCAUGUGUGAGACUUGUCUCCUUGGGUACCAAGAGUGGAAUAGUUUCUUACUUCAGGAUUUGCUUAUUUGCCUUUGAGGGAUGAGAAUCAUUAGGUGAAUUUCUGUGUAGAGAUCAUGAAAAGUUCACUGUCCACCUUUGAUUUCCUCAGCCUGCUUGUUAGGUAGGCACUGUGGAUUUUCUCAUGCUCAGCAGUGCUUAACUUCCAGCAAGAAAUUCCCAAUGGGUCUAGGAGAGCAGUUAGGCAGGUGCUUAAAAAAACAAUCCGGUGCUUUGUUAUGAAAAGCUAAGGCCAACACUUCCUCUGUCUCGAGGCCAUUAGGAAAUUCCUACGGACUUCUAUGGAAGUAGGAUGUGCCCUCUCCUCACUGCCAACUCCCUGUCUGGCAGAGGUUUUCCCAGGAAGGGCCAUCUGCUGCAUGUAAUGAAAUCGUCUCUCUUAAAAGUCAAACUGUUCAGUGAUCACACUCCCUACCCCGAGGUCACACUCCAAACACCAGCGAAACCGUCGGGCUGGCUUGCAGCUCCAAACAACGCGCACAAAUUCAGCCUCCUUUGUCUCCAGCGGGGAAGCCCAGCCCAGGACCAGCCUACCCCAGAACAUCCACAAAGAGCUCGAGGGUGCACAGUAAAAGAAACACUUCAUUGAGAGCUAGAAUGACUUUUCUUGACCCAGAACCACAUACAAAGAACAAAACUUGUGCAGAAUUUGUUGUUGUCCUAAAUGAACUCGUGACAGUCUUCAGGGUAGAAUGAGGAAAAUAGGAAACAUUUUGAACAAUGCAAGAGUUCCCCCUGUGAGGGUGAGACUGUGUUGAUCUCAUCAGGUUCUGACUCUUCAAAAAUCAUUCAUUUACUGCUUGAGAAACUCAGCAAAGCAGGAAUUUUGUCUCCACUUGAGAAAUCCCUCAAGACACUUGCCUAACACAGAAGACAACAUGGACAUUAAGAAAGUAGUUAAAUCCCAGGCAACUUUUUCCUGCCUGAGGGAUUUGUCAGAGGAGAGUGAUGCCCUGCUCCAUUUUAACGGUGUGGUUGAUGUCACUGCUGGAAGAGCGGCAGAAUACUGCAGCAGGCAGGUGCCUUCCCACCCCACAGAUGUAACCACUUGUCACACAGGCAACUGUUGCCUUAACACACUGGACUCUGGAUCUCCUCAGGCUCUGGCCGAUGUCCAGGCAUGUAAAAGGACUGGGCUGGGCAGACCUCUAAGCAGGAAUUCCCUGCUGGGUGAGCAGGCAGACACUUCCCUAGGUAAUCUCACUGAUUUUGGAAAAUAUGACUCUGAAAAUUCUGCUGCUGUUCUGGAGAUUUAUUCAGAGAAACUAACAAGCGUAAGUGAUGACUUUUCUGAUGAUGACCUGGAGUACUUUGAAUGUUCAGAUGUUCUUACAGUGCAUGAAGAUGAAAUCUGGAGAAAGAAAUUAGAAUUUUUACUGGAAAGCGAUGAAGAUGAUCUAAAACUGGGUAAGGACUGUGAUGGGUGUGCUUACUUCCUCAGUGAAAUGCCUUGUGUGUUCCAAGUGUCAGAUAACACUACGCCUAUGGAUACCCCCAUUGGCUUCUGUGAGCAUCAGUCAAAAAUCAAAGGAGUAAACGUAAGGAGAGACCCCUCUAUGUACAGCCAGUCAGCUCUGCAGACAGAGAUGACUCUCACUGUUGGACAGCACCGAGAUAAAAGUGCCAUUUUGAAAGACAAAGAGAAGAAUCAAGUGCCUGUUGCUUCUGCAGCCACUGGAAAUGAACGUCCCAGAAGUGAAGAAGAGACUAAUGGAAGUGACCAUCCGGCUGCAGGUUCCUCAAGGGACGGACCAAAGCCCACGGACACUGUCCCUGCCCAGGUAGAUUCCUCUGCCCAUGGCACAGGUGCUGCUUGCCCCGAUCAGGCUUUGGGGACAAGGACAGAAACCAGCCCUGAUGGGGACGUGCUGGGGGAAAGCUCACUGCUGCUGGAGGAGGGGAGGAGGAAUGUGCCAGAGGAAAGUGCACAGCACGCUGUCUGUACCUUAACAGAAAGUCUGAGGAGAAACCUUUUCAAGCUGUUAAACCCUAUAGAACUUUGCAGAUAUGUAAGUACUAUAGGACAGUCUUUCCAGGCUGCAGCAGCAGGUGGGAAAUCCAGAGCUCCGUCUCCCAGUCAGGAAGGUGUCUGUUCAGCACAGAUUCCCGAGGAAGCAGAGAGUCUGCAAAUGCAGGCUGCUCUGUGUCCAACAGAAGAGGCAGAUAAAGACAGUCACUGGGAAAGGAAAAGGACUCGGGGGCUGUCUGAGCAAAACCAGGUGCCAGAUGAGAACAUCUCAUUUGGGAGUCAAGGUGCUAAUAUUAAAAGUGUUACCCAGAAUUGUGAGAACCUCUGUAUGGAGCCCAGCGCAGAAAGGGAAGGCAUCCUCAGCACUUGUGAGAGUGCAGGAACCAGCCAGCUCUCUACUGAAAACACACUGCAAGUGAAGAAUGCAGAUUUACAGACCUCUUCUCUUCACUGUCCUCCUUGUGAAAAGGGAGAAGGUUGUCACCAACAGGUCUUCCCCAGACAAGAAAUUAUUAGGAAUGGCAAAAUGUCAAAGAAUAACAUUUCUCCUUCUCCUCUAUGGGAUAUGGACUCUCUUCCUGAUAAACAGGAACGCUUGUGUGCUGUUCUCUCUUCUGCAAAGCUGUGUGAUGAGCCAGGGGAGGGAGAGCAGAGGCCUGGGCUUGACAUACAUGAGAGCAGUAACCCAGAUAUUCUCUGCAGCCAAUCAGCCGAUGAGGCUGUGUCUGAAGCUAAUCCCAAGUCAGUCCUGGAAUCUGGAGAGCCUGAGUGCAAAGGAGAUGCUGAUAUAUCUGCAGUGCAUGACAAGCUGUGGAAACUUCUUCAUGAAGAUGACUCAGACUAUCAAAUCCCAUUUGAAAACAGAGGCAUCCCAAGUUUAGGUACGAGGCUGUCAGAUAUCAAAGUCACAGAACUGAACUUUGUGCAGGAGACCUGUUCCAAUCAUCCUUUGCCAGUGGAUUUGAUAGAAGAGCAGGGGCCCAUCACAGAACCAGCUCAUAACCCCAGAGCUGAGAAGGCUGACUGCAAUGUUUCUGAUAUCCUCCUGCAGAGAGCUGCAGCAUGUGAGAGUGCAUCCAUAGGAAACAUUUGUCUUGCACAAGUGGUAGGAACAGAUGGUGACUGUCUAAAUUCUGGCCCUGGGAAUGACAGGGAAACACCAUCCAUUUGUGUUUCAGCAAGCAGUGUCCUCCUAAGCACCCAGGAGUGCUUGGAGCCGAAGCCAAUGGCCACGGGCAGGAAUGGAUCCACUGUGGCUUGGGAAGGGAAGCCUGCUGUUAAUAGUGCUGCCCAAACUAGCGAAGCAGAUUCUCCUCAAGGGUUACAAAGUACUCAGAGUGGUAAUUUAGCAUGUCCCAAAGCUGACUUAUCAGAUAUGUCACAUGGGACAGUUGGACAGUUACUUCACACUGAAUACAACACAACCAUGACAAAUGAGUCUAUACCUGGAGAAGGCUGUCAUUUUACAGACUGCUGUCCAGUGAGGGGAGAACUGGCUUAUUUCCCUAAAGAGGAAGACAUUUUCCCCAGUGAAAAUACCAGCCAGUUUACACAUGCAGAACACUCUUCUGUUAAGUCCGUACAUAAAAGUGGUGUAGUGAAUUUACAAGAAAAAGAAAAUCAUUCAGGCUUGAGUGCACCAAAUUUCACUAAUUCUGACGGCUACCAUCUUUCAAAAAAUAAUGGCUGUCAGGAUUUUCAAAUUGUUUCUAAUGCACAGAAAUACAGUAAUGUAAUGCAAUCGCCUAGUUUAAUUCAGAUUCACGAAACCAUAGCACAUAAGAAUCUACCCCAAAAUAAAGACCAACUGCCAGAAAUAGCAAAACAAGAAGGGGCAGUCUCUCCCCCUUUUGGGGAGACAUUUUUAAGAGAUUUUUAUCUAGAAGUGCCCAGCUGUGAACCAUGUAAACCAGGAGGAGAACAGACAGAGAUUUGCAUACCUGAGGAACACAGGGCUGAAGCUUCCUGUGACUCAGGAGUUAGUCAGGUUUCAGAGAGUCAGAUUGCAGCUUCCCCUUGUAAUACAGCAGAACAGCAUUCAUUUUCUGUUGACAGCACCUUCAGCUCUGAUGAAGGGUUAAAAACAGAUUCUUCAAAAACUCCCACCUAUGCAGCUGGAAGUGUAACAUCAGGCAAUGCCCCACUGCCCAGGGAGGCUCCAAGUGAGCACCACAGCGCAGCAGGUGGGGAGGAUGGAGGUGCCCAGGAUUGGCUGCAUUCCCAACAGCUGCUUGGGAACAAAACCCUGCCCUUCCCCACAUCUGUAAGCCACUCAGAGGCCCUUCCCAGUGCAUCUGCAGUGGCGUGUCCUGCCACAAGAAAUGAGGGAAAAACUGGAUCCAUACAAACUGGAGUCAAAAUAAAUGGAAAUUUAACUACAAUGGAAAUUUCCUGCAAGUCAUUGAAGGGUCUGUUCCAGAGGGUCCCUGGAGAAACCAAAGGAGAAGCAGCCUUGUGUGAAAAUGACCAUGAGAUUCCAAGAGCUAUUGAAUAUAACCCAGAUGAAGCUGAAGCAAAGGCUCCUUUGCACACUUUGACUGGCUCCCAGGCUCCAAAACAGAUUAUGAAUAUUAACACAGAGCAGCCUCGUCCUGACUUGAUCCCUUCCAGCAAGAUAGCUGAGGGUGAGAAUUCAGUUAAGUCCACUGAGUAUGAUAAAAUGGAGGAAGUCAGGACAGAAGAGAGUGUGGUAAGGGGUUUGGUUAAUUUGCCACCAGUUGAUUCAGGGAACAACCAGCGUUUUCAAGAACAACCACCCCGCAGAAGAACUCCAUCAUUCUCUUUGGCGUGGACCACUCUUGAUCCAUUCCCAGUCAUCACAGAAAGUCAAAGAAAUCAGGAAGGGUCAAAAUCCUGCCAGAUACCAGUGGCUGCUGCAGAGCCUGAGCCCAUCAAAUGUAAAGAGGACGCAACAAAGAGCGGGCAUGUAGCUGCUGGAGCUAAGAAGAAAUUACCACCAGCAACUCUGUCCAAAAAACCCAGGUUGGAGGAGAGGGGAAGUGUCAGCAAGGACACCAGCUGCGCUAAAAAGUCUGGCAAGAGCGAGGGAGGCGUGAUUCAUAAAGAGGAUAGAAAAGAGCAAAGGAAACUCAUUUUGAAAAAAGAUAGCAAAGCCCCCAGGCUGCUGAAGAAGAUCCAAGCAGAGUUAUUCCCUGACUGCUCUGGAAGUAUUAAGCUGUGCUGUCAGUUUGGUGACAUUCAUGGUGACUCCACCAUUACAUGGACUAAAGAUUCCCAGGUGCUGGCUCGGCUGCAGAGAAGUGCCCAGGAUGACUCUCCCGUGUCUCUGGAAAUAGCUGAAGCCAGUUACCAAGACCAGGGGAUGUAUUACUGCUGCUUGAAUAACAUGUAUGGGAAGGUGACUGCUGAGUUUCAUCUGACUGCUGCAGUAUUGGAACGUCUGUCAAGUUUACAGAGUUAUGAAGGUGUGGAAGAAAUCGAAUUCAUGCAGCUGAUGUUCAGAGAGGACCCCCUCAGCUCCAGCUACUUUGGUGGGACCCUGCACGGAGCAAUAAUGACAGAGGGGCUGCACUUCGGCGAGGGGAUGCACCGCAGAGCCUUCCGCAGCCGCGUGCUGCAGGGGCUGGCGCCCGCCUUCGCCCCCGGCCACCCCUGCGUGCUGAAGGUGCACAGCGCCCUCACCUACGGCACCAAGAGCCGCGACGAGCUGCUGCAGAAGAACUACAGCCUGGCACUGCAGGAAUGCUAUGUCCAAAAUACUGCGAGAGAGUAUGCAAAGUUAUAUGCAGCUGAAGCUGAACCCUUGGAAGGCUUUGGAGAAGUACCAGAAAUCAUUCAGAUUUUUCUUAUUCAUCGCCCUGCUAAUAACAUCCCCUAUGCCACAGUGGAGGAGGAGCUGGUUGGGGAGUUUGUGAAAUACUCUGUCAAGGAUGGCAAGGAAGUGAAUUUCCUGAGAAGAGACUCAGAGGCUGGCCAGAAGUGUUGCACCUUUCAGCACUGGGUGUAUGAGAAGACCAAUGGGAACUUGCUUGUCACUGACCUGCAAGGUGUAGGGAUGAAGUUAACAGAUGUUGGCAUAGCAACCCUGGCCAAAGGAUACAAGGGGUUUAAAGGCAACUGCUCCUUUUCCUUCAUUGAGCAGUUCAGAGCCCUUCACCAGUGCAAUGAGUACUGUGAGAUGCUGGGGCUGAAAUCUCUCCGAACCACUCAUCAAAAACAGAGGAAAGCAACACCCACUAAAAGCAAAAAUCUGCCAAACUCAUCAACAGUAAAGAAAAUGGUGCCCAAGAAGGCAAGAGAACCUAGAGACUUCAUUACUUCAGAGCACUGAGUCUCACUAUCCCACUUAUGAAAUUACUCUUGAGGACAGUGAUAUGCACCAGUGACUUGAGGGGAUAACUUUGGUCUUUUGCCUUUUGACAUUGUUUUGGAAUCAUCCUGAUGCUGAUGCCAGCAACCAAGGAAGAAGCUGAUCCUCUGCUCUUGGUGCCUGAGAUUUAACACUGGGACAAGGUUUUGGAAACAAACUAUGCCAUCUCCUGGAUUUCCUUACAGGCUUCUGUAAACUGGCAUUGGAGAAGAACAUCUCUGUGUCUACAUCCAUGGCCCUGUGGUACAGCUGCUAUGGAAACAUCAAUAUAUUUAAGAUGCCAAGUACAAGAUUUGCACAGUAUUGCAUAUGCAUAUGCAUGCUGGGUUAUUUAGAACUAGAAGUCAGGAAAGGUGAAGUUUGGAACACGCUGAUGAUUAUUAAAGUUACCACUUCCAUUGCAAAUCAGAGCAUAACAAAUCUUGGACUGUUCAGUGGGAUUGAGGCUUCUCAGUGCACUGCUGGUACCUGGCUUUUGGAAGUUCCUACAGAUGAUGCCUAUUCUUUACAAUAGCAUUCAGAAGAAUUUCUGUGAGGACACUGUGACUGUUUGCAAAACAGGAGGUUUAGAACAUAAGGCAAGGGGCUUGAGCAUGGUGGGAUGGGAACAAAGCUGAAAGCAUUGGAUAAAUGGUGUUUCAAGUUAGAGGCAAUAGAAUUUUAUCAGAAUUUUGGGAAGUGUUCUGUUUGAAAAAUGCCAUGAGCAUCUCAGCCAAUUAAUAUUCCAAAUGUAUGUUGUAAUUUGGUCCCAAAGUCAGAGAUGGAGUUUCACUCUAUUGGCUAAUUGCCUUCGGCUUUAUUGUCCUGGUCAGUUCAAUGAAAAUCACAUGCUGACCUCUCAGAGGGAAACACAGCCCUAUUAAUGCCAAGGAAAUCCACAUUCCUAAUGAUGACAGUAUAAUGAUGAUUCCUUAAGAAGUCUGGUGUGCUUUACAGUGGGGAUCUGGAAGUGCAUGUGUGAGAUAUGGAUUUCUCCCAUAUUCUGGUGCUUUGGCCUCUAAAAGAAGGAGUGGAGUCGUCCUCCUGUGCAUUUAUUCCUCAGCCCAGUGGGAAGAUGGACUGCCAGAGGUCCCAAACCUUCCUCACCCGAUGCCUUGUCUGCCAGGAACUAUUUAGUGUGAUAAUGGCGUUUGAUAGACUGGACACAAACACCAUUGUCACACUCCACAGCUCUGGGAGCAGGUCCUUAGCCUGGGCAAGGAGUGUUGGAGGCACGCUGCAGACUUCAGCAGAGGGGGUUUCAAAGACCUGCAAAACAGACACAAGACCAGGUUUGUGAAUAUUUAGAAGUGGCACAUCAGGGUCCUCACAAGGAGGCGGGACACGAGAUCCUGAAUUGGUUUGAGGUGAAUACUGCCAAAGGGACAGAGGUGCUGUACCUCACUGUUGGUGCCUUCCCUUUCCUCAAACACAUUUUACUCAGCCUACUCUCUGCAGCAGAGGGGAAGGAUCAUGCAAAUUCCUACUAAUUAAGCUCCCUGAGGAAAAGGUUGGCAAUCCUGUGCAGAGCAGGAAAGCCCAGAAAUCCAGGCAGAAGGACUUGACUUCACUGCAGAACAUGUAAGGAGAAAGCAAAGCAGCUGAUGCCACUGCAAAUAAGCAAUUUUUAGUCCCUCAGCUACGUGGAAGCUUCCAGCAAAUCAAUAGGAAUACUUCCAAGACAAAAUAGCAUGCAAGAAAGAGAAAUGGCCAUGAGUUUUUAGUACUGCAAGGGGAAAAACUCCAAAAAUAAUAGGAAAGUUACAGGGAGAAAACAAAGCAUAAACAUCAGAAAAAAAUCCCCCUUUUGCUUCUCUUCUGCCGGGCAUCUGUGUAAAGAACAACAUUGGGAUGUUCCAAUGCAGAGGGCAUUGUGAAGAACAAAUGUGUUUUCAAGAGGGUUUUUUGAGAUGGGUCACAGAAACUGUCCUUCCCACAUGGCCAGACCUGGAAGCGUUCCUGGUCCCCCAGAAAGUCUGUCCGCUUCCCCAGCACCCCACUUCUUAAAAACAAUAAACAGGGUGGCUUACACUACCCUAACAAAAGCCUAAUCUCUUUCCAAGUGCAGGUAGAGAUCACUAGGUCCAAGACAUUAAAUCCUGUUAAAUUACACAGUUGA